GGCAUGUUAUGACGAUGCCCGGUUUAUGUUCGCAACGCGAAGCUGUGCAACAUGUCAGACGUCCACCCCCAGGAGCAGCCACAACCAAUCCCAUUAGAAACUACCAGUGGUGUAUCUGGCGAUCGAAACGAUGAACAGUCAGACGUCCUGCAGAAGUCUGUCAGGAAGAAUGGUCGAUUUCAGAAUCCCUGGCCAACCUUCAAGAUUCCCGGCGUUCGUGGUGUAUGCAAAUGGAUGUGUUGUUCUACGAAUUAUAGUGGCAUACCUUCAAAACGUGAGUUGGACAAAACAUUGCCAAUACUGAUACCAGAUAUGAAUGAAAUAAAACACGCUCCGCCGUCUGGUAUUCGCGUCACCUGGAUUGGACAUGCUACAGUACUUGUGCAGUUCGAUGGCGUAUCUAUAUUAACCGACCCCAUCUUUAGUAAACGUUGCGGACCAACGCAAUUCAUGGGACCGAAACGCUUCCGUAACCCACCGUGUACAAUUGACGAGUUGCCGAAAAUCGACGCUGUUCUCAUCAGCCACACACACUUCGAUCAUUUAGACGUUAACUCAGUCAAGAAGUUAAAUUCCCGAUUCGGCCAAAGUUUGCGUUGGUUUGUACCAAUGGGACUUUUAGGGUGGAUGCAGAGUGUGGGCUGCCACAAUGUGGUUGAACUUGACUGGUGGCAGGGGAGCUGUUUACUCAGUGACUCCAAAGUUGAAUUCGUGUUCACUCCAGCCCAGCAUUGGUGCAGACGCUCAGCGUUUGAUUUAAAUAAAGUUCUGUGGGGCAGCUGGGCUGUCAUUGGACCUCAUUAUAAGUUCUUUUUCAGUGGAGACACUGGAUAUUGCGAGGCGUUUCAACAGAUUGGCAAGAGAUACGGACCAUUUGAUCUGGCAGCAUUAUCAAUAGGGGCAUAUACACCUCAAUGGUUCAUGAAGUGUCAACACGUGAAUCCCGAGGAAGCUGUCCAGAUCCACCAAGACUUAAGAGCAAGGAAAUCAAUUGGAAUACACUGGGGAACAUUUGCCCUGGCUUACGAGCAUUACCUUGAACCGCCACAGAACCUGAGAGAGGCUCUAGAAGAAAGGCAACUAUCCGAUGACGAAUUCUUCACUGUUAAACACGGAGAGACUCGUUUUUUAUUUGAAGAUGAAAGGCGGAAUCAGAGUACAGAAUAG